AUGGCCAUUAUGUCCUUCAAACAUGGUCUGCGCCCGGAAAGUAAGUUGAGACAAUCACUUACCAAGCGCCCGGCCACAGCUUUGAAAGACUUGCGCGCCAGGAUUGAGCAGUAUGCUCGUCUCGAAGAUGAUCAAAUCCCCAUUGAGGUAGUGUCAGUAGAACAAACAGCCCGGCAGAAGAAGAGAACGGAUCGAGGAGAACACCGAGGGAUUGCAGUGAAUGAGGUGGAUAAGUCCAAAUCCCACGAAGCCGUUGUGACUGUGUUCAAAGAGCCAAUCUAUCGAAUCCUAGAAAAGAUCAAGAGAGAGCCUUUCUUUGUUUGGCCGCCGAAAAUAUUGGGAGAUCCAGCUCGGCGCAAUCAGAAGCUCAGAUGCACCUACCACCAAGACAGGGAACACGUGACUCAGAACUACAAGGCACUGAAACAACACUUGGAAGACCUGGUGGCAGCUGGACACCUAAGGGAAUACAUUGAUCAGGAUAAGGAAGUGGUCGAGCUGGGGAACCCAUCUGCAGAAGCAAAUAUUGAGCAUCUACCUCGGCUGAUAAUAAAUGUGAUCCAUGGGACAACGGCUUAG